CUUCGCUCCUAAUCAUGUGGAUGAGGUUUGCCGUGUGCGUGUUCUGGUUGGUUGUGGAUGUCCAGGGUCAUGACCGAGCCUCGUUAAAAAGGUCCAAUGACCGCUACGGCAGCUGCCAGUACACCUUCACUGUGGACAGCCCAGUGGAAUCCAGCUGUCCCAGUACCACGGAGGCGGAAAAUCUGAGCGCUCGAGUCACGCUGCUGGAGGCGGUGGUGAGCCGCGUCCUGGGGGCCGAGGCAGUCACGGAGACGGUGAAGACACCAGGAGAGACGGAGGAGAUGAGGCAGCUUCUUCAGGAUAAAGAGAGGCUGGACGGGCAGGUGAAGGAGCUGCAGAGACGAGUGGAGGAGCUCACGAUGGAGACAGAAAAGCUCAGAGAGAAACCCUGUCCACUAGUCCCUGGCUCUGAGGACAGCUUCGGCGUGAAUAGAGGCAGUGGUCCUGCUGUGAGUGGUGCAUUUCAAGAGAUGAAGGCUGAGGUUUCUGAGGUUCCAGCUCCUCCCAAAGUCCAGGAGAACGUCCAGGACAAUGCAGGCUGUGGGGAACUUGUUUCUGUCGGUGAGCCUGAGCCCCAUCAAAAGGCGAACAGCAUCACGGGGAAAUAUGGGAUGUGGUUCCAAGACCCCGAUUCUCGGGGAGCUCUGUACGGGCCGGACACGGUGUGGCGCAUUGACACCGUGAGCAGUGAUGUACGAGAACUGUACGCCUACGAAAACCUGGAGCAGCUCACUCGAGGAUAUCCCAUGAAGGUCCUGCUCCUACCAGAGUCGAUGGAGAGUACUGGGGCCACUGUGUACCGUGGUUCACUUUACUACCAGCGCAAACGGAGCCCCACGCUGCUGCGUUAUGACCUCACUGCUGAGAACAUCGUGGCCCGAAGAGACCUGCCACACCCCGGAUUCCACGGCCAAUACCCUUACUCCUGGGGUGGCUACACCGACAUCGACCUGGCUGUGGACGAGAAGGGACUGUGGGUCAUCUACAGCACGGAAAAAGCUCGCGGUGCUAUCGUCAUCUCGCAGCUAGAUCCCGAGAACCUGAAAGUGACCAGGAGCUGGGAGACCAACAUCCAGAAGAACAAAGUGGCGAACGCAUUCAUGGUGUGCGGCAGGCUGUACACGGUGGCGAGCUACAGAGCUAACACCACCACCAUCAACUUAAGUUUCGACACGGCUAGCGGGCAGAGCAAAGCUGUGGACGUGCCGUUCCGCAACCGUUAUGGCUACAACAGCAUGAUCGACUACAACGCGGCGAGGAAGAAGCUGUACUCCUGGGACAACUUCCACAUGGUCACCUACGACGUGAAGCUCAGUGAUAAAGACUGAUUCUAGAUACAAGAAGCAGUGAUACAUGUUUAUAACACCCAAACGUCAAAGUUUUGUCCUUCAGCAGGGAAAAUAUCCAAA